AUGUUCAGACUACCCAACCGACAGCCAUUCAAGGCUCUUCAUAGUCCUCUUCGCAGCCCUCUCCACUAUCCUCUUCGUCUCUCCUCCUCGCACGCCACGCAAGUUCCGUACUCUGGACCUCCGAGUUACGAUACUAUUAAACGACGCUUCUCCUCGCAAUAUCCCAAUCCACUAGCCUUUUUUGCGCGAAAACGUGGGGAAGAGGCUAGAGACCGCGGUGAUUUUAUUGAUAUUCAUGAUAUUGGUGGCCCGGACCCGAAAGAUUUCGAUGUCUUGAUCCCGGAUAUUGACGACGAGAUAUUGCGAACUGAAGUUGCGGAUGUCAUGGGCAUACGAUACCUUGAGAAGGCGACUGAGGCUGAUGCUAAUACUGUGGUUCGAGCCGGGCGUGGUUAUAUCUUCGGUCGGAAUAUCCGUACGAUGUUUCCAUGUGUUGUUACUCAUGGCGAUAAAGCUCAUUGGGUUUUUUUCAUUGUGGUCACUGGUGCCCCGUUGACAUACCUCUCGGUUCAGACAUGUGAACUUCUCGGUAUCAUGGAAAACCAACCCACCCCCGUUAAGCUCGCUGGAUAUUCCCACUCGGUUUAUAUGUCGCCGAAGAACUCACGCUUUGCCGGUGUUAAUAUUCUUGGUAUGGACUUUUGUAAUGUGAACAAGGUUCAUCUGUGGCAUGACUAUAAGGAUCGGACGGUGACAUUGUACUUCGGUGGACGGUGGGAGCCUACUUGGAAGUCGAAACUGUAG